AUCCGGUGAAGAGUGUCAGGGGAGGCACAGCCAGACGGGCAGAGGACACAGCGGGGCUGGGGCGCCGUGUAGCCGGGUCAAUGAGCGGGACAUCACUGGCCUCUUCUGCAAUCUGCUUCCCAUGGACGGGACCAUCAAGGAAGCUCUGUCGGUGGUGAGUGACGACCAGUCCCUGUUCGAGUCAACAUAUGGAGCGGCAUCUCAUUUACCCAAGGCAGACAUGACAGCCUCUGGAAACUCAGACUAUGGCCAGCCCCAUAAAAUCAACACGCUCCCCCCACAGCAGGAGUGGAUCAACCAGCCGAUGCGGGUCAACAUUAAAAGGGAAUAUGAGCACAUGAAUGGAUCCAGGGAAUCUCCUGUGGACUGCAGUGUGAACAAAUGCAGCAAACUUAUCGGCUCUGAGAACAACGGAAUGACUUACAGCUAUAUGGAUGAAAAAAAUGGACCUCCACCCAAUAUGACCACCAACGAGAGGAGAGUCAUUGUGCCAGCAGAUCCCACCUUGUGGAGUCAGGACCAUGUGCGGCAAUGGCUAGACUGGGCGAUCAAGGAGUACGGACUCAUAGACAUUGACUCAUGCCUUUUUCAAAAUUUGGACGGCAAGGAUCUCUGCAAAAUGACAAAGGAGGAUUUCCAGCGCAGCACAACUCUCUACAACACAGAAGUCCUACUUUCUCAUCUCACCUACCUCAGGGAGAGUAGUUCAUCAUUGGGCUAUACUGCACCUUCACACACAGACCAGGCGUCUCGGGUGACUCCUAAGGAGGAUCCUUCCUACGAUGCCGUUCGGAGAUCCGGGUGGGGAAAUAAUGUUAACUCUUCUGUCACGAAAAGUCCCCCUGUUGGAGGCACUCAAAAUGUGAAUAAAAAUGUAGAACCGCAACGUCCACAGCCAGAUCCCUAUCAAAUUUUGGGCCCGACAAGCAGCAGGCUGGCUAAUCCAGGAAGUGGUCAGAUCCAGUUGUGGCAGUUUCUUCUUGAGCUGCUGUCGGACAGUGCCAACGCUAGCUGCAUCACCUGGGAGGGCACAAACGGAGAAUUCAAAAUGACAGAUCCUGAUGAGGUGGCUCGAAGAUGGGGUGAAAGAAAAAGCAAGCCCAACAUGAACUAUGACAAGCUGAGCCGGGCACUGAGAUAUUACUACGACAAAAAUAUCAUGACUAAAGUCCACGGGAAGCGCUACGCUUACAAAUUUGACUUUCACGGCAUCGCUCAAGCUCUGCAGCCUCAUCCCACUGAGACGUCCGUGUACAAAUAUCCAUCAGAGUUCUCAUACAUGCCAACUUACCACACUCAUCAGCAGAAGGUUAACUUUGUUCCUUCGCACCCUACAUCGAUGCCAGUCACGUCUUCUGGCUUCUUUGGUGCAACCUCUUCUUACUGGAGUUCUCCAAAUGCAAAUCUAUACCCUAAUCCCAAUGUUCCACGACACCCCAACUCCCAUGUACAGCCGCACCUGGGCUUCUACUAGACUCCAUUCACGGCUCGACAUGGAUUUAUUGUCGCCUUGAUGCAAUACAUCUCAUUUUGGGAGGGGGAAAAAAAGUGUCCUUAAAGACUAAAGAAAUUGAACUCGGCGCCAUAUCAGUAUUAAUCGUUCUCCUCUCCUGACCUUCAUGGAUCUUGAGCCAGUAUUUAUUCAAGCUUAUUCUUGCCAGGGAAUGCAAGACGAAUUGCUUGAACCCAAGGAUGUGAUAUAGAAGUGGUGUAAGCAGCACAUAAGUUGAUCCAAGCAUUAGACUUACCUUUAUAUUAUUUUAUAAGCAUUUCUGAACUGAAUUUUUUUACUUUUUUUGUAAACAAACGCACUGGAUGGCAAUAUGGAAAGGCUUUUAAACUAACUGGAAUUGCAGCAAUAUUAAUGGGUAUAUUGUCCAUAGCGGAAUUUAAUGUUGUCGCCCUCCCCCCACAUAGUUACCUCUCUAUGGACAAACAUGUAAAAGGUUGACCAAAGUGCCCACAAUACACUUUACAGAAAAACCUAGAAGACCAGUAGAGAUGAGAGAAUAAAAGUCAAACGAAUUGACUUUGAUCCGAAUUUCAGAACAAAUUCAAUUCGCCACGAAGCUGAAUAUCCUCCCACUUUGUGGUAAUGAAUCUAUUUUUCCUGAAAUGGCUGUAAGAAAAACAAAACAUACCUCAUCCAUUUGCUCGCGGAGAGGCCGUCAUGGCCGUCUUGACUGAAGAAACUGCGAAAUCUCUCCUGCUGCAACGUCCCGCCAGCAUGAUGACGUCACCACGUCUUCAAUCAAGAUGUUCACAAUGGCCUCUCCGCAAAUGGAUAAUUUGACUAGUUUUUGUUUUUUCUUUUACCCUGAUUAACCCCUUAAAGGCCUAAAUUUUAACGUCAGAUGCCGCAAUCAGUGAUGAACGCAGCAUCUGAGGGGUUCAAUGAUGGGGGCGGAGCGAUCACCAUUUACUGUAAUUGCGCCCAUUACAUACCACGGAAUGUGAUUCAUGACAAAGUAAUUCAUAACUAAUCAAAUUUCUUUGUGACAUUCAGUGAAGCAACCAAAUCAGAUUUUUGAUAACUUCGCUCAUCGCUAAUGACCAGUAA